CGAGGGACCAAAUCCUUAUGAAUUUGCACUUCCUUGCCAGCUCAGUCACAGACUACAUCCGUGUUUUCCAAACUUGGCAACUAACUUUAAGCUGGGCGGACUUCAUAGCUGGCUGGGGAAUUCUGGGAGUUGGAAGCCCAGACAUCUUAAAAGUUGUUAAGGGCGAGAAACCCUGGUCCAGCCAAGGAAGACAAUAUCUUCUAACUGAGCUCAGAUGAACAGAAUCUUGCAAGCCCGAAAUCGUUUUCUUUCAGUGGCUUCCCAUGCCCCUUUUCUCUCUGGUUUCCUUUCUUUCCUCUUGUCUCCCGAGACGGUUCCCACAGGUCAUCUGCCGACCUCAUUUGAGCCCACGCUGAGCCAAUGAGAGGCGUGAUGAAAUGAUGCUCCUUGGAGGCCUUAAUGCUUCGGUUAAGGCUCACCCUGCCGGAUCCAUGCUUCCCUGCCACUUCCCCACUCAAAAACGACCAAAAUAAGAGUGGCAAAGAGGGGGACUUCCAAAUUCGGAGCCCUUCGUCUUCCUCCCCGCCGAGCUAUGCAGAUGGCUGGGGGGAGGCUCUCCACCGCGAGGGGCCCCUGUCCUGCCCAGAACAGCAUCUGGUACCCAACCAGAUUGCCAGUGGUCGGUGGGAGAAAGAUGGGUAGCCGUCUGCGUGAUUGGAAGAGAAUGGAAAAGGAAGAGGCACCUUUAAAUAAAAUUCUUGGAAGCUGGAAGCAGGAAGAGGACAAAGCACUCCGCAGCGUGCCUGCAGUGACCUUCACAAACCCACAACCACAAAACGGGUGGCAGGACGGUGAGUGCCGGUGAGCCACGGAAUCACAUACGCACACACACAGAGACACUUUCUUGUCGUUUCUCCCCCCCCUUUUUUGGGGGUUGUUGUCUUUUUUUGCAUCUGCUUCAGCAGCCAAAAGAAGGCAGAACCAGCCUGCAGAGACGGUGUGUUGUGUGGCCUCAGUACCCCUGGAUGAGGCUGAAGAUGGCUCCCACCAGAAGAAGUCAAAACAGUGGCACACCCUUGACUGUUUUUCUGUUCCCGGCCACCGAUGUGGACUAAGGUACCCUCCCCCUUUCGCCAUGGAGACCCAGCAUCCCAAAUAAAGAAUGAUAUCUUCCAAGUAGGACAUCUUUCUGGUGGGAGACCAAAGUCAACUUGACCUCCUGAAUCACUACCAGCUUUAAGAAGGACUCCUAUCAGAUGAUCUCCUCAGCUAUGUCUGAGUAGGAAGCCAUGUCCUCCUGCUUCUUCCAAGCUCUUCGAAAAGUAGGACUUCCCAGAGAACCAGAGGGGACCCUUCCUGGGUGGGAGGCCCUGGUCCAGCUGAUGGACCUCUCUGGCGAAGGAUGCUCUUCCUUUCUUGGGAAGCCUUGACGUUGGCCGAGCCAAUGAACGCCACUCUCUGGGACCAUGGCAGAUCCAACAGCGUGGAUGAGAUCUUCAGCCCGAGCGAGGUUCCCAGGACCAGCUCCCAACUGCCCACAUUCUCCACGGCAGCCAAAAUCCGCGUAGCCCUCACCGUGGUCCUCUUCCUCUGCUCCACCAGCAUCAACGUCUCCAUGUUGUGGAGCGUCACCAAGAGGUUUCAACGCAAGCCGCAUCUCCGCAUCCUUCUCAUGAAUCUGGCCGCUGCUGACCUCCUGGUCACCUUCGUGGUGAUGCCGCUGGAUGCCGUGUGGAAUGUGACGGUUCAGUGGUAUGCCGGCGACCUGGCCUGCCGGCUCUUGAUGUUCCUCAAGCUGGUGGCCAUGUACGCCUGCUCCUUUGUGACGGUAGUGAUCAGCUUGGACCGCUGGGCAGCCAUCUUGCACCCGCUGAGGGUCAGCAGAGCCAAGAGGAAGAACAAGGCAAUGCUCUGUGUGGCCUGGGCCCUCAGUUUCCUCCUAGCAGUACCUCAGAUGUUUGUCUUCCACACGGCCAGCCGGUCCCAGCCCACCCAUUUCAUCCAAUGUGCCACGGUGGGCAGCUUUGGGGCACACUGGCAGGAAACCCUCUACAACAUGUUCACCUUUUCUUGCCUCUUCCUGGUGCCCCUGCUGGUUAUGGUGCUCUGUUACUCCCGCAUCCUGAUCGAGAUGUCAAGGAUGAUGACCCAAGCGCCAGCGUCGCCAAAAUCCAGGGAGGUCCACCUGCGCUGUUCACGCAAUAACAUCCCCCAAAUCCGGAUCCGCGCCUUGAAGAUGUCGGCCAUCACCGUCCUGACGUUUGUGGCCUGCUGGACGCCCUACUACCUACUGGGCCUCUGGUACUGGUUCUCGCCCGAGAUGCUGACCCGGGAGCAGGUGCCCCCUUCGCUCGGCCACAUCUUCUUCCUCUUCGGCCUCCUCAGCACCUGCCUCGACCCGCUCGUCUAUUGCUUCUGCUCUUCACGCUACCGGACCAGCAAGAAGUUGGCCAAAGCGCUGUCUCUCCGCAUGGCCUCUGGACAGGCGUCCAGCAUGAGCAACGGCCCCAGGCCAGAGAUGGUAGUCCACUGGGCAUGCAAACCAGGAUCUCCCCGUAGUCCAAAACUGGCCUGGGCCAGAAAGGAGAAAGUGACCGAGAGCUGCGUCUGAAACGGCCAACUCUCAAACCGCUGGCCCACUUUUCCUUUCCGAUAAAUUCCGAUUCAGGAAUAUUUCCAGAAAGAGGAGGGGAAAAAAUCAAAUUAUGACCCAUAUCUGAGUUGAAAGCAAUGCAGAAAUGAGUUUGAGGCUCAGAUUAAAUGAUCCUGUGAGAUUUAACCUGUGACUUUUGAAUCAAUUGGGAAAAAUACAGGCAGUCCUCGAUUUACAACCAUUCGCUUAGUGACCGAAGUUACCACAGCACUGAAAAAAAGUUGUCUUUAAAAAAUAUUUUUCACAUUUAUGAUCGUCGAUUCUAAAUUCAAACACUUGGCAACUGACUCAUAUUUAUGACGGUUAGCGUCCUGGGAUCAUGUGAUCCCCUUUUUGCAACUUUCUGACAAGCCAAGUUAGUGAGGAAGCCAGAUUCACUUAACAACCGUGGCAAGAAAAGUCGUAAAAAGGGGCAGAACUCCCUUAACAAAUUUUGGGCUCCAUUAUGGUCAUAAGACAAGGACUAGCUGUCAUUGUCUGUGGCCAUCUUCCGAGGCAAUCUGAGCAUCCUUGUUGAUUCAGAAGUGUCUCAUCUGAUGAAUUAGAGACAUCCUUGAGAUGGGCAUCCAUACACAUUUGAUAAAUAAAAAUAAAAAAAAAUUCCAUGACAGUGUGACUGAACUGGCCUUGAACUGUAUUUCCAGACUUGAGUAUUUUAAUAAAAAAAAUUUUGGGACGAGGGGGAGCCAGAAAUAUUUUCACCCUUCUGUGACUCUUUUUUGUUUUUCACCUUUGCAGCCAGGGAAAAACUUUCUUAAAUGCAACACAGACAACAGAUUAACAGAGUUGGGAGGGAGCUUGGAGGUCAUCUAGUCCAACCCCCCACCCAAGCAGAAGACCCUACACCAUUUCUGAUAGAUGGCAGUCCAGUCUCUUCUUGAAAGCCUCCAGUGAUGAAACUCUCACAACUUCUGAAGGCAACUUGGGUUGAUUGUUCUCCCUGACAGAAAAUUCCUCCUUAUUUCCAGGUUGAAUCUCUCCUUGAUCAGUUUCCAUCCAUUAUUCCUUGUCUGGCCUUCAAAGGUGCUUUGGAGAACAGCUUUCCCCCUUCCUCCUCUCUGGGGCAGCCCCUCAAAUAUUGGAAAGCUGCUAUCCUGUCUCCCCUGGUCCUUCUUUUCACGAGUGCUUGUUUCCAAACUGAGACCAUUAAAUGCCAGAGAUCCUAAACAGAAGCCCCUAGAUAAACACCUGAAUACGUUGCAGAAAAAAACCCAAUACUAAAUAGCUAAAUAAAACAUGGUUAAACUAUCAUUGUCAAAUGUUAGUUUGUUAAGGAUGUUUGCACAGGGAAGUUUUUUUACACUACACGGACGUGUACUAACAUUCUUAACAACCAUUAUCUGACAAUGAUAGUUUGAUCAUGUUUUAUUUAGCAUUGGUUUGAGUAUGGUCACAUGAUGAAAUUUUGGGAGGCUUGGCAACUGGCUUGUACUUAUGACGGUUGCAGUGUCCCACGCGAUCCCCUUUUGCUACUUUCGGACAAGCAAAGUCAAUGGGGAAGAUUCACUUAACAACCGUGUUACUAAGUGAACAACUGCAGUGAUUCACUUAACAACGGUGGCAAGAAAGUGGGGCAAAGCUCACUUAACCACUGUCUCACUUAGCAACAGAAAUUUUGGGCUCAACUGUGCAUGAGAUGAUCAAGUGAGCGCCUUGCUUAACGACUGUCUUGACUUGCGCCCAUAAUGGGCAGGCUCCAUUACAGUCAUAAGUCUAGAACUACCUGUAACAGGUCCUGAAUUUACUCUUGAAAUGGCUGCUUUAAAAGGUUUGUUUCCUAAUAGUGCAUCUCGGAAAUAAAUUGAUUUGCCACUGAUAUUAUAUUUUGGUUGGCUGGAUGAUUCUUAAUAAAAAUAAAGAGUUU